GAAGGUGACUGUCCCACAACGUUGCUUUGCAGCAGCUAUGUUCUUUCUUCUUCUGCUUUAAUUACUUCUCUGGUACUCCUCGAUAAAAAAAACCAGGGCAGAAAUAAUUUUGGUAGGACAAGCGAAGAAAUGAACAAAAGUAAAAGAAGGGAAAGUCUCUAAAUUCUAGAUCCCUACCCACUUUCUCGAAUCUUUGGUUUCGCAGAAAAAAAAACUGCUUUUCAGCGCCGAGAAACCAGUUUCGCUUGUUCGAGAUCUCUUCUCCUCUGGGUUAACGUUGGAAAAUCGGUGUUGAUUUAUAUAUAUUUCCAGUUCUACACAACGCUCGCUCGAUAUGGCUACAGGAGAGCUUCUUAGCAUUGAACCUCAAGAGCUUAAGUUCCCCUUUGAACUGAAGAAGCAGAUCUCAUGUUCACUACAGUUAUCAAACAAGACGGACAAUUAUGUUGUUUUCAAGGUGAAGACGACGAAUCCAAAGAAGUAUUGUGUUCGGCCAAACACCGGAAUUGUCUUGCCUCGAUCCACUUGCGAUGUGAUAGUUACGAUGCAAGCACAGCGGGAGGCUCCCCCUGACAUGCAAUGUAAGGACAAGUUUCUCCUUCAGAGCGCAGUUGCUAGUCCUGGAGCUACUGCAAAGGACAUUACACCGGAAAUGUUUAACAAAGAGUCAGGUAACCAAGUCGAGGAGAUCAAAUUGAGAGUUGUUUAUGUUUCUCCUCCUCAACCACCAUCGCCUGUUCCAGAAGGAUCUGAGGAAGGUUCUUCACCUAGAGCUUCUGUAUCAGACAAUGGAAAUGUGAAUGCUCCUGAAUUCAAUGCUGUUUCUAGGGCACAUGUUGAGCCUCAAGGUCAGGUUUCAAGAGGAUAUGCCGAGUCUCAAGACAGAGCUUCAGACGCAAAGGCUCUGGUUUCAAAAUUGACUGAGGAGAAAAAUUCAGCAAUUCAACAUAAUAACAAACUUCGACAGGAAAUGGAACUCUUGAGGCGUCAAGGUAGCAAGAGCAGUGGUGGUAUCCCAUUCCUGUACGUUGUGAUUAUUGGCUUGCUGGGCAUUCUUUUGGGUUAUCUUUUGAGGAAGACAUGACCAACUAUUGGGUGAUCUUUCUCCAUAUUCUCCCCCAAUUUUUUAUUUCCGUCCUCCGAAUCGUAAAAAAGAACCAGAAGAAAGUGAAAAUGACAGUGAUGUUUUUUUUUAGUUGUAUUAGCAGCUUUUGGCAUUAGAAGAAACACGCUGAAGCAGAGUUGAUGGGUUUGUAAUUCUUAAAAGCAGGAACUGCGAGAAUGGAUUGUGUCCGACUCCUGCUUUGUUGACAUGUAUUCUUUUGUUAACUCAACGAGGUUUAUGUUUAUUUUUAUU